AUGGCUGCGCCUCGAAUUCCCAACCUCAACACGCUCCGCCGAGGACGAGGCCGAGGUCGCGGAAUAGGUAGCGCUGAAAAUGGUCAUGGUCACCCGACUAGCAAGGAUCGUGUUGUGCAGGGCACCGACAAUGACGCCAGCGUCUCCAGGAUGAGCGCUGUCGAGCUGGGAUAUCUCGACGACCCAUACGCAACAGCUUUUACACCUCCCGAAUCCGCAACCAGAAGGUUUCCGAUCAUAAACAGAGGUCAAUCCACCAUAGAACCCCUCUACGGAGCAAUUGCUGACUUGGACAUCGGCCACACAGGGACUUACGUUCGCACCACCGCAAUCGACCAGCUCGUCACCCGCUUUCUGGGUCCCUACUCUCCAGAAUCCCCAACAUGCAAGAAACAGAUCAUCUCGCUAGGCGCUGGCUCAGAUACACGAAUCUUCAGACUCUUCUCCAAACGCCAGCCCUCAGACAUAAUCUACCAUGAGCUCGACUUUGCCGUCAACACGGCCACGAAGAUUCGUGCGAUCCGAUCAACACCUUCUCUACAACGGGCACUCGGGCUCGAUCCCUCUGUAGACAGCGUGACAGUCUCUGAAUCAGGCAACGAGCUACACUCCCCUUCGUACCACAUCCACCCUGUGGACUUGCGAUCGCUGUCGGCGGGUGGCUCUCUUUCAGAAACACUUCCAGGCGUGGAUACAAAACUGCCAACUCUGUUGAUCUCAGAGUGCUGUCUGAUAUACCUUUCCCCAACUGAAGCUGCACAAGUAGUCUCUUUUUUUACCGAACAUCUUUUCGGCUCAUUGAAUAAACCGACUGGAGCUGGACAGGACGCGCCACAAAGCUCGCAGACUCCUCUUGGCUUGAUCCUAUACGAACCAAUUCGCCCGGACGACGCGUUCGGUCGCACCAUGGUUUCUAACCUCGCGACACGAGGUAUCCAACUCCAAACUCUCCAUCGAUACGCCUCAUUGGAAGCACAGCGAGCACGACUACGCGAGCAUGGGCUCGACAGUGGCCAGGCUACAGCUGAUAUCGAUUUCAUUUGGGAGCGCUGGGUCAGCGACGAGGAGAAAGAGCGUGUUGCCAGUCUUGAAAUGCUAGAUGAAAUGGAAGAAUGGCGUUUACUUGCGCGGCAUUAUUGCAUUGCUUGGGGAUGGCGGAAUGGAAAUGAUGCCGAGGCGUUUGGUGGGUGGACAGCUAUUGAAGCUCAACCAGGUCAUUGA